AUGUCGCUCCAUCCCCCCAAUUCUAUGCGCCUCAAAGACGGAUGGACAGCUAGACCCACACUUUCUAGACGCUCUAGCUUGGGUUCUGAUAUUUUUGGGCCCCUUUCUCGAAGAAAUACGAGCCAUUCACAGUCCAUCGACUUCCUUGAUGUCGGCUCUAGAACCCCUCAGCGUUCCACCGGAACGCCUGCAUCUACCAUCGCGCCCAGUUCUGUUGAUCUCAAUCCGCCUGCCAGACCAGAGGACAUAGACUUGGGCUCCUUUAUCGUUAUUUCGGGUGGUACAGGGUGCAAUGCGAUCUGCGAAGCUUUCGGAAAAGAUGCGUCAUACGUUCUGCCUGUAUCAGAUAACGGCGGGAGUUCUAGUGAAAUCAUUAGGGUGUUGGGUGGACCUUCUAUUGGCGACAUUCGGUCUCGUCUGAUCCGGUUAAUUCCUGCUGGGCCGCCACCCGCCGCGGCGAUUAAGAAUUUGCUGUCCUAUCGCUUUCCGUCCGACUGUUCGGAGCGCGAAGCACACAUCGUUGAGGGAAAGAGCAAAAUUUGGGCCGGUAUUCCACCUGAUCGAAAAGAGACCAUCCGAGUCUACUUUGAAUCUGAGCUUCUCAAGCGGGCACAUAAAAAUUUCGACUUUCGUAAUGGAAGCCUUGGGAACUACUUCCUGGCGGCGGCUCAAGGCUUUUUCCGUUCUUUGCCUUCAGCCAUAUUCCUAUUUUCAAGUAUCACACACAGUCAGGCUCAUGUGCUUCCCGUGUUGGUUACGAGCCACUUUGUGACAAUCGCGGCCGAACUUACAAAUAAGCGUACCAUCGUUGGCCAAUGUGAAAUCUCCCAUCCCGUCCCCAGUACCAAGCCCUCAGCCUUAGCGGGCGCAUCCACGCCCCAGAGUGAGCUAGAGUCUGAAGAAACACCGGGCGAAGGAGAGGAAGAUGACGAUGAUGAUGAGCAUGGCGGCGGAGCAGCUGAUACUUCAAGGCUAAAUGCGAUGUUCAGCAAAGCGCCAGAGGGUGAAGGUUCGGCUGCAUAUGCUAAACUGGAGGCCCGAAUCAAUCGUGUCUUUUAUAUUAAUGCAUAUGGUCAAGAAAUAUUCCCAUCGCCCAAUUCUGACUUUAUCGAAAAUCUUGGGAAACGUAAGACACUGAUGCGCAGUAUCAUUCCAUGCCUCGCCUUACGUGGUGUCGCCUCGGCCAUUGCAAAAUCAGCAUCCAUCCAAGCCAAAGUUCUGCUUCUUAACGGUCAAAAUGAUCGCGAGACAGAGGGCUAUAGCGCCGAAGACUAUGUAAAUGCGAUAGCUCGGGUCCUCAACCGUCAUGACCGGUUGUCUCAUAAAGCUCUAAAGGGCACCCAGACGCCUGAUUUUUUAAUUCGAGAUUACCCUGUUUCAGCGUUUAUAACCCACGUAAUCUAUCUUCGUGGUUCAAGCAUCCGGGUUGACCAAGGAAAACUAGCGGCUGCGGGUGUACACUGCGUGGAAGUGGAAGGGCCAUCUGGGGACAAACCUUUGUAUGACCCCGCGACUGUUCGUUGGGCAUUGGAUCAGGUCUAUCGCCGAGACAUCCAUUGA